AUGGUAAAGUAAUUAUUCACAGAAUAAGAGAAAUAAGAUCUAUUGAAAAAGAAAGCAAUAGAGAUAAGAGAAGAGUUUUUUUAAACAUAUGUUCCAAUUUAAAAUGCAGAGGAGUCAUAAAAGAAGAAAUUAAUGAAGAAAGUACCAUGGAAUGAACAUAUGACAGCUACAUCAGAUGAUAAAAUUUUAAUCGAUCCAUCUUUAGGAAAUGAGGAAGCAUAAAGAGAAGUGUAAAUUUAUCAAAUUACAUUUGCAAAUGUGUAGAGAUCCAUAGGAUAUUUAACUUAAGAAGGAGUAAAAUAAUAUUAUUAAAUUAUUUUAGAUUCCUGUAUAAAGGCCUGAUGAUUUUGAAGUUGAAAUGUUUAAAAGUCCUAAAUAAAUGGAUAAAAUCAAGUUAAAAAUUGAAAAAAAGAGGGAUGAUAAAAAUAAAAAAGAAGAAGAAAAAAUGAAAAAACAUAGUAAAAAAUUAAAUAAACAAAUGAGAAUCAAAAAAAUGAGAGAAGAACAUAAAGAAAAAAGAUCAAACAAGGUUGCUAUAGAAUAAUGGAAAAAAGAGAUAAAAGAAAAAGGUAGUGAAAAAGCAAGGGAUUUAGAUGAAAUUAUCAAAGAAAAUAAUUAAAAGCCAAAAAAAUUUAGGAAGGAUAAAAAUUAAUAAUAAGAUGGAGUUAAAAAAAAUGGAAUGUUUAAAUAAAAGAAUGGUAAUUUUAAGAAGACAGGAAAAAUGAGAACAUAAGAAAAUUCAUUCUAAAAUGGGGGAAAUAGAAAUUUUGGAUAAAGAUCAUAAAGCUCUGAUGCUAAUGGAUUCAGAAAUAAUAAAUUUGAAGGAAAGCCAUAAAGAAGUAGAAGUUUCUCAGGUUAAGGAGGUCAAAGAAACAAUGGUGGUGAUAGUAAUAAUUAAGAAAGAAAAUCAUUUGGAGGGAGAGGAAAGUCAUUCGGAGGUGAAAAUAAAUCUGAAGGAAAUUCCUUCAGAGGAAGAGGGCGAGGAGGCUAAUUUGGUGGAAAGUCAUUCGGAGGGAGAGGAAAAUCAUUUGGAAGUGAAAACAAUUCUGAAGGAAAUUCUUUUAGAGGAAGAGGGCGAGGAGGUUAAUUUGGUGGAAAGUCAUUCGGAGGGAGAGGAAAAUCUUUUGGAAGUGAUAAUAAUUCAGAAAGAAAUUCUUUUAGAGGAAGAGGGCGAGGAGGCUAAUUUGGUGGCAGAGGAAAAUCAUUUGGAAGUGAUAAUGCUCAAGGAAAAUCUUUUGGAGGAAGAGGACGAGGAGGCUAAUUCGGUGGAUAAUAAGGUGGAAGGCCAUUUGGAGGGAGAGGAAAGUCAUUUGGAAGUGAAAAUAGAUCUGAAGGAAAGUCUUUCGGAGGAAGAGGACGAGGAAGCAAAUUUGGUGGACAACAAGGUGGUAGGUCAUUUGGAGGAAAACCUUAAGGUGGUAAAUCAUUUGGAGGAAGAUAAUAAGGUGGUAAGCCAAAUGGUGGCAAAUCAUUUGGAGGUAAAUUUAAUAAAAAAGGAAAUUAGUCAUUCAAAAGUAAUAAUAAAUCUUUCAGAUCAAAAGGAAAAAAAUGA